AUGGAAGUGUGGCUCUUUAUUCUGGGGUAUCUGAUCCACUUCGUGGCGAGCUGUGUGCUGGUGUACAAGAUCCAUCAGCAACGUACGGUCUACGGAUUGUCAAUAGACACGCAGAUUUGUUUUCUGGCUGCGUCUCUCUCGCGCUGUGUCUGGUACCUGGACACCCGCCUAGUGGAGACCUGGCUGGCCUAUUUGGAGCUCUUGUGUAGCACUGUUAUUUCAGUCGUGCUCACUUACUAUUUGUGGCGUUACCGUCACACAAAUACUAAGACCGUCUGGACUCCAUGCCAAGCUGCCGUCAUCAUUCCUGUUUCCAUGCUUACGGCAUUUUUUAUCCACCCGGGUCGGCAGUGGUGGACAGUCCAGAUUCUCGUUGCCUUCUCAAUUUACACCGAAGCUAUCGAGCCUUUGACGUCUCACUACGUUGGUCUCCUUGUGCUGUCUCGCGUCGUGAGACUCUUCUUUUGGGUCACCCUUUAUUUCCAGGGCGAACAUUUUCUGGGUCUGUUUCUCGCGGACCUUCUUCAUAGCGUCCUGGCUGCCGACUACUUCGUUAUGUGGUGUCGGAAGCUGCGGCACGGCGGAGCGCUCAUCUACAAGAUAUAG